AUGUCUACCUGUGAUAUUCAAAGAGCUGAGGCUUCUAAGGAUAAUGUCUCGCAGAAAUCCGUUGACGAAGGUUUACCGCGAGAGCUUAGUCAAUUGAGCCUUUCAAGUGGAUCCAGUCCAGAUGAGUUCCAUUGCAGCAAAGGCCAUUCGGAGGCUACUUUAAAGAAUAUUUUUGGUUACUAUCAAUCUCAAAAGCUGUGCGAUGUAGUACUUAUUGCUGGCUCAUGCAGAAUACCCGCACACAAAUUAGUACUAGUGUCGUGUAGCGAAUAUUUCGCGGCGAUGUUCACUGGAUCCCUACAGGAGUCUAUGUCUUCAGAAAUAACCUUAGAGAGUUUAGAUGCCCAAGCACUUAAGACUCUUGUACAUUAUUGUUAUACAGGAAUUAUAGAAUUAAGUGAAGAGACUGUAGAAGUAUUAUUGUCAACGGCGACACUCCUGCAGAUGAACAUAGUUGCAAAAGCAUGCUGUGACUUUCUCGAAAAGCAGUUGGAUCCUUGCAAUUGUUUAGGUAUAGGAUUGUUUGCCGAACAACAGUCAUGUCUGAGCCUACACAAAACAGCUAUGGAAUACACAUAUCAACAUUUUAUGCAGGUUGUAAAAAACGAAGAGUUCCUAUCACUAGGUGACGAGCAAUUAGCGAAUUUAUUGAAGUCAGAUGAUCUCAAUGUGGUGACUGAGGAGAAUGUGUUUGAGAGCCUGAUGCUGUGGGUGCAUCAUGAUGCAGCUAACAGGGAGAAAUAUUUGCCAAACCUUCUCAAACUUGUUAAGCUGCCUUUGCUCUCAUCUGAGUACCUGAUAGAUAAGGUAGAGUUGGCAUGUGGUAACGUAGCUGAAUGCCAACCACUCAUAAUGGAGGCUGUGAAGUGGCAUCUGCUGCCUGAAAGACGAUCUCUCCUGUGCUCACACAGAACUAGACCUCGGACUUCUACCAUCGGAAGGCUCUUAGCUAUAGGCGGUAUGGACGGGUAUAAGGGGGCAAGUAACAUGGAGAUGUAUGACCCCCGUACUAACACAUGGAGUCCCUUCAUGCGCAUGGGCGCGCGACGACUUCAGUUCGGUGUCGCAGUGCUCCAGAAUAAGCUCGUCGUGGUAGGCGGGAGGGAUGGACUAAAAACUCUGAAUACGGUUGAGUGCUUUGACCUAACUUCGUUGAGCUGGAGCAUACUAGCGCCAAUGAACACGCACCGUCACGGGUUGGGCGUAGCCGUGCUGGGGGAGGGGCCUAAUUCGCCGAUCUACGCAGUCGGUGGGCACGAUGGAUGGAUAUAUCUUAACUCCGUUGAGAGAUGGGACGCCUGUUCUCGCACAUGGACGAUUGUAGCCAGCAUGUCUGGCGCACGGAGCACGUGCGGCGUUGCCGCUCUGCGCGGACGCCUCUACGCCGUAGGUGGAAGAGAUGGUGGCGCCUGCCUCAGAUCAGUCGAGUGCUACCACCCCGCCACCAAUCACUGGACAGCUUGUGCGCCCAUGAGCAGACGUCGAGGAGGCGUUAGCGUGUGCGCAGCAGGGGGCUACUUAUACGCGUUGGGAGGUCACGAAGCCCCGGCUAACACGGUGGGGGGAAGGUUAGCAUGCGUAGAAAGAUACGACCCGAUUGCCGAUAAUUGGGUGUUGCUCGCGAGAUUGUCGUACGGACGGGACGCUAUCGGAUCCUGUUUGCUUGGCGAUCGGAUAGUCGCCAUCGGUGGCUACGACGGAGUACAGUACUUAUGCGUGGUUGAAGUAUACGAUUCUGAGUCGAAUUGCUGGCGGAAACUCGCCCCACUGAGUACCGGACGCGCAGGCGCAGCCGUCGUCGCCAUUCCGCCGCCUACGCCCAGAAACAUCUUCUGA